AUGGACGGCGCCAACGUGGAGAUCGCGGAGGAGAUUGGCCCCGACAACAUGUUCAUCUUCGGGGCCAGCGCAGACCAGGUGCCGCGGCUGCGCGCCGAGCGGCGGUCGUUCCAGCCUGACCCGCGCUACAACCACGUGGUGCAGCUGGUCCGCAGCGGGCUGUUCGGCUGGGAGGACUACUUUGCGCCGGUGAUGGACGCCAUCACCACCGUCAAGCACUAA